AUGCUGAAAUUCCGUGAAGCAUUAGAUGAAUGUGGGUUGUUUGAUCUUGGCUUUGUGGGUUGUAAAUUCACUUGGCACAAAACUUAUCCGGAUGGUGGUAUUGUUUGGGAGAGGCUAGACAAGGCUGUGUGUACAACAGAAUGGUUUAAUCUUUUUCCUGCAACUAAAGUGAAAACUCUAGUGUGUGCUUCAUCGGACCACAACCCUAUCUUGGUCCUUCCUGAUGGGAUUAGCUUAAAACCUCAACGCCCCUGGCGUUUUGAAAAUAUUUGGUUAGAAGAGCAAGGCUGCCAUGACACAGUGAAGAACGCCUGGAAGACCAUCUCCUCGGAACCACCUAUGCCCAGAGUUAUGAUGAAAGUCGAUACAUGCAAAACUCAGUUGCGUGAUUGGAGUAAGAAUUCUUUUGGUAAUGUGGUAAGUGCAUUGGUAGAGAAAAAAAAGAAUCUAAAAUUAGCGGAAGAGGAUGCAACAAAAGGAGGGAGUGUGGAGUUUUUUCUUCAAUUAAAAUCUGAAGUGGCAGAUUUGCUUAGAGUGGAAGAAAAAAUGUGGCAGCAGCGUAGUCAUGUGCACUGGAUGAUCUCUGGGGAUAAAAAUUCUAGCUAUUUCCAUAACCGGGCGUCUCAGCGUUUCAGGAGAAACAGCAUUACGGAACUCAGAGACUCUCGGGGAAGAAUAGCUUCAAGUGAUGAAAAAGUUUCUAAGAUGAUUGUUGAAUAUUACAACCAAUUGUUUACUACCUCUAAUCCGCAUGACAUUGAGGAAGUUGUCCAACAUACAAAAAAGGUGAUGUCCGAUGAUAUGAAUAAUUGUUUAACCAGAAAUUUCUCAAAGUAA